AAAGUGAUGGUGGAAAAGACCUAAGCAUGAAGCCGAGCAGACGCACCGAUGUAGUUUAGCGUUCUGUCAACUGCGUAGUGUGUUGUGACGCGUGUCUUUGAACUUUUGAAGAUUAUUAUCGUUCUCAAUGACCGUACGUAUAGUUCUCUAAAAGCGUUGAAUAUUAUAACGCUUCUAGCGCAUAAGCCUGCGUAAUCGACGGUUCACGACUACUUCCUGGGCUCUAUGGCGAAGGAGAGUUCCGAUUCGGACCACGAUGACGACGUUUACUUCUCAAGGCAGCUGCCCAUAAUAGAUCCCGAUAUGCUCCAAGAUGUGCUCUGCAUCCUUGCCAAGCAAAACGACGAAGCCGUUCGUGAACCAGAAGAGUAUUUGGACCACCUGUCUCCCAGCAAUACCGUAGAGCUAUUGUUCCAGACUUGCGCCAAACUCGAGCUGCCCAUCUGCGUCCAAAUCACGGCUGUAGAGUACCUGGACAGAUUCCUCGUGCAGCACGUGCGCGACCUGCGCAAGCAGCUGGGCCUUCCGUCCGCCUGCGCCGCCGUGUCGUGGGACAGCGUGGUGGGCCGGAUGCGGGAGCAGGUGAUGCUGCGCAUGCUCUCCUGCAUACAGAUUGCCAGCAAGAUGUUCUCCAGCGUCAAGUUCCAUUUAUGUCCGCACUGGACUCGCACGCUGGUAGAAAGUGCCCGAAUAAGACGUACUCUGUAUCGUGAAUCCUCGGCUUUGGAGUCAAGCAUACGUCGUUUUUAUUUGUCCGUGAUGCAACGACACGAGAGCAGCGGCAGCUUGGGUUCAGGAACGUGCUCUGUAUCACUGCCGCGUAUGGAGACGUCACGGCCCGCGGCGCCAGCGUGGAAACCGUUGCCGAAAGUGAAGUGGUCUCGCCGUCGAGGCAAGAAAUCCAAGGUGUACCUCGUCCCUUACCAGCCUUCGCUGUCGCCCAUCUUCGAAGAAUCGCAGGGUUCGUCCCAAGACGGCGCCGUCCCUUGUUCGCAGCCGCUCCUUUUGAGGCCGUUCGCGAGGUACUCCACGUACGGCGUCAUCACUCCGCGUCUUAACCGAGUCGUCAUCGCGAUCGAGGAGGACAGCAGCAAGUUCUCGACCUGGACGGAGCGGGUGGCCAAGAUCCUGGCGCUGUCCUGGUUCCUGAUGCUCCUGAGCGUGCUCGUGCUCAUGGUCGGCGUGCUCAUGAUCUGGAUGGCGUUCUCCGGCGAAGCCAACGGCGACGGAGCGAUGACGCACCGCAACGUGGUCACGGUGUUCGUCGGCAUCGCCGUGAUCGCGAUGGCGGUGCUGUUUGUGCUGUGGAACGCGUCCAGAGGGCUGCGCUAGACUGGAAGUGCUUGUGGGACUGUCGCUUAGCGCUUGACGAUGAACCUGAUUGGAAAGUAUGAUCCGCGCAAGCUUACGUUCGCGAUGAAUAUGCACGGACUGCAACGUGGUCACGGCCUUCGUCGGCAUUGCCGCAGUGGUGAUAGCGGUAUUCGGGCUCUGAAAUGCGUUCGGAGGAGUGUACUAGGCGAAUUGUUCUUACUCUCGUUUCAUGGGAGUCUGUUGUUUUAUGCUUGACGAUCGACCUGUUUGUGAAGUAUUAUCCGCGGAAGCUUACCUCCGUUGUGAAUACGCAUAGCCACGUGGUCACAGCGUUCGUCAGCAUCGCCGUAAUCUCGAAGCCGCGGUACUGUUUGUGCUGUGGAAAGCUUUCAGAGGACUGCGCUACAGACUGGAUAUGUAGUCACUCUUCUUGCGAGACAGUCGUUUUAAUGCUUGACGAUCAACCUGCUUGUGAAGUAUGAUGCGCGGUAACUAACGUUGAUAACGAAUGCUUUUUCAUGUACAGCCAGAGCCGGAAAGUAGCCACUGCGCGCAUGACAUUAUAUAGCUAAGUCCGGGGCGUCUGGUCGAUCUACUUGAAGGAGCAGUGCUCGGUAGCUACGCUUAAAGGGACCACAACUUAGGGGCCUUCAGAAGGUCGUCGGGCUCAAUACGAUGCAGCCAUUGUCAACGUCAUUCAGUGCUUCUAGUAGCUUCAUUUAUUUCGGUGGGAGCUGUUCUAAGUGAUAUUUUGAGCCAAGGUUGGAGCGCCGUGUCGGGUUGUCGCGCCGUGUCGUGGUGUGUACGGAGCUACAGCGCAGUCACCACGGCGCCGAACUGGUUUCAGUUCCCUGUAAAGCACACUGACGGAAGCACUGUGUGAGCUUCUGAUGGUGAAUACGUGUCGCAGUUUGAUAUGCAUGAUCCGCUCUAACUUGUCUUGGUGGCGUGCUGUUCGAUAUGUGCAAUCUUUUUCGAGUUGUACGCAUGGGAAUGAACCGCUGCGUUCGCACUGUAGAGGCAACGGAUGCAUUAAUCUCUGGCGAUAUUAAUGACAACUAAUGUACGCUGUGCUCGCAGAAAUGCAGCACGUUUUUAACGGUCAGAUUGCAUGUACAAUAUAGCCCUCCUGACCGAUUGACAUGGAAAAUAAAUAUUUCGUCAUACGCA